ACACUACUUUCAGUGAGAACACUGCAAGUUCCCUAACCACGUGUCAUUUUGUCAUGCGAUGACGUACAAUGCGUGCGCAGGCCAGGGAACUGUUGCUGGAAACACAUGGCAGAUAGACAGCAAGCUUGGCUAGGUUUUGGUGGUCCAUAAUUGAUUAGAAGCAUUUUAAUAUCUCAGAGUUCUUAGUACCACGGGAAUACAACCAAUAAUGGCGAGCAAAACCGUCCUGCAGUUCAAAACAAACUACGCAGUUUCCAGCAAAAUUGAGCCAUUUUACAAAGGUGGGAAGGUUCAGAUCAGUAAAGAUGGAAAAUACAUUUUCUGUACCUGUGGUACGAAAGUCAAUAUCCUGGAUAUCGCAACAGGACGAGUCUCUCACAGAGUUGAACAGGAUGAUCAAGAAGACAUUACGUCAUUUACGGUCAGCCCAGAUGAUGAGAUCCUGGUGACGAGUAGCCGUGCUCUGCUGCUGAAGCAGUGGGACUGGAGGGAGAACAAGUGCACUCGCACCUGGAAAGCUAUCCACACAGCACCAGUGGCCAGCAUGACCUUUGAUCCCACCUCUACUCUCUUGGCUACAGGAGGCUGUGACAGCACCAUCAAGGUCUGGGAUGUGGUGAAACAGUACUGCACUCACAACCUCAAGGGAUCCUCUGGAGUCGUUCAUGUUGUGGAAUUCCAUCCUGAUAUCUCCCGGCUGCAGCUCUUCUCCUCCUCGAUGGAUUGUAAGAUCCGUAUCUGGGACCUGAAGUCCAGCAAGUGUGUGUCUGUCCUGGAGAGCCACUACAGUGCUGUGACCUCGCUGUCGUUCGCUCCUGACGGCAACACGCUUGUCAGUUCCGGACGGGAUAAAAUCUGCAUAGUUUGGGAUCUGAAAACAAAGACACCUACGAGGACUGUACCUGUUUUUGAGACUGUGGAAGCUGUUGUUCUGCUGCCUAAGCAAGGGGACUUCUCUAAAUUGGGAGUGAAGAGUGAAGCGCUCCACUUUAUCACUGCCGGCAGCAAGGGUGUGCUGCGGGUGUGGGAGGCUAGCUCUGCCCGCUGUGUCUUCACCCAGACUGUGCCUGCCAGGCCCCAGCCAGUGGAGGUGGGAAGAGGGGAGGAGCCAGAUGAGCACAGCCUCACCCACUGCUUGCUGCUGCCCGCUACCAAUCGGAUCGCCACUGUGACCGCCGAGCACAACUUCCUGCUGUCUGACCUGCACACUCUGGUUCUGGAGCAGCAGUUUGUGGGCUACAACGAUGAGGUUUUGGAUGUGAAGUUCCUGGGCCCAGCUGACUCUCAUAUUGUCGUGGCGACGAACAGCUCUCAGCUGAAGGUCUUUGAUCUGGCCACGUCAAACUGUCAGAUUCUGCACGGGCAUUCCGAGACUGUUUUGGCAUUGGAUGUGUUCAGAACUGGUUCCAUGUUUGCAAGCUGUGCAAAGGACAAGACCAUCCGUGUGUGGCAGAUGAAUACAGAAACGGGGGUGGUGUGCUGUGUGGCGCAGGGAUCUGGUCAUGCAAAUGCCAUUGGAAGUAUUUCCUGCUCCAGGAUGAAGCAGAGCUUCGUGGUGAGUGGCAGUCAGGACUGCACGAUAAAGGUCUGGGAUCUCCCAGAAUCCCUGGCAACGAGAGAAGGCGGCCCUGAAGUCUUGCAUGCACGUGUCACUGAGAAAGGUCACGACAAGGACAUAAAUAGCAUUGCAAUUUCACCCAAUGACAAGCUGCUGGCAACAGGUUCCCAGGACCGGACAGCGAAGCUCUGGUCCUCUACAGACCUCUCCCUUCUGGGGGUGUUCAAGGGGCACAAGCGGGGGAUAUGGUGCCUGCAGUUCUCUCCCAUGGACCAGAUCCUAGCCUCUUCCUCUGCCGACGGCACCGUCAAGCUGUGGGGGCUGCAGGACUUCAGCUGCCUCAAGACUUUUGAAGGUCACGAUGCCUCUGUGCUGAAGGUUAUUUUUGUGAGCCGUGGAACACAGUUGUUGACAAGCGGGUCUGACGGGCUGUUGAAGCUGUGGACAAUCAAGACGAACGAGUGUGUGAAGACGGUGGACGCACACGAGGACAAAAUCUGGGGGCUCCAUGGCAACAAGAAGGAUGAGCUGGUGGCUACUGGCUCGGCCGACUCCUGCAUCACUCUGUGGAAGGAUGUCACUGAAAUUGAACUUGCUGAGGAACAAGCAAAGCAGGAAGACCAGGUCAUGAAACAGCAAGAGCUCUCCAACCUCAUACACGAAAAAAAGUAUGUCAAGGCUAUGGGCUUGGCAAUCUCCUUAAAUCAACCUCACACCGUGCUCAUGGUCAUCAAAGGAAUUCUUACAAAUGACGAUGGUGCAGAGCAGCUUGAAAAAACGAUUUUAAAAUUACGACGGGAUCAAAAAGAGUCAGUGAUGCGGUUCUGUGGGGUGUGGAACACCAACGCCAGGAACUGCCAGGAGGCCCAGGCGGUGGUGCAGGUCCUGCUGCAGCACGAGAGCCCUGAGGAGCUGUUGCAGUACAGUGGGGUCAGGGCAGCACUGGAGGGGCUCAUUCCAUACACCGAGCGGCACUUCCAAAGGAUCAGCAGGCUGCUUCAAGCCUCAAUGUUUGUAGAUUACAUGUGGGAGAACAUGAGGCUGACUGGCAAUGCCAGCUGCGGGGAAAACCAGGAUGAAGAAAUGGAGUCCUCUUCUCUGGGUGGACCGGCACCAUUGUUCACGAUCGAUCCAAAUCCUAGCAAGGGCCUGGAUUCAGAGGGUGGGGACUCUGCAAGACUUGAGGAGGCUGAGAGACGGGGGCGAGGGGAGGUAGAGGAGGAGGAAGAGAGCUCACAACAGGAAGACGGAGAGAGUGAUGAUGAUGUAAGCGCUGCCAACAAAGGUGUGAAGAGCAGGAAGAUGGCGUUGCCAGAGGAAGGUAAAGAGAACAUCGAGCCAGAGUCCAGCAGCGAAGGGGAUUCGGAUGGUGAAGAACAGAUGGAAGGGAUGGAGAACGAGGAACAGCAACUUCUUAGAAGAGAAACGGAAGCAAGACUGGUGACGAUGACCGCUGGGAACCAAGCAGAAACGCAAUCGGUAACCCCCCGCACCAGGUCAAUGAGACUGAGAAGGUGAUGGACCAAGAAAAGGACCGACUGACUGGAGACCCUGGGAUUUAAAUCCCAGCUCUGUCCUUGACUCGGUGGGUAGUCGGUUUGAGCUCCUUGUCAUUCAUUGCAACUAGAGCAAACAAAAUGUAAGAAACUGGCUAAUAGCAGCGCAUCUUUUGAGAUGCAGUGUCACGAGGCAGGAGGUCCAUUGAAAUGAAAUGACUGAAUAUUGUAAAGGUUUUAUUUUUACAGCAGGAGCAGGCAAUCUGGGGGGGAAAAAAAUAACAUACACUUGCACACUGAGUCAUCUAUGCAUCUAUAAUUAUUGUAUGACCAAUACACUUUUAAUAAAAACACUUUUGGAACUAAUUUGAACUAAUAAAAACCUUUUGCUCCUCUCUCAACUAA